UUUCGUUUUUCCGGGAGUUAAAGUGAAACUUCUUCACUCUUCUUUAUUUCACUCUUAAUCAUCACUGGACAAGUUCAGGAUGUUAUCUGUGAAGAUGACGGAGGGGAGCGUACAGCUGGAGACCUGCAAAGAGCCACUUUUCUACAGACAAAGCGAGCCUGCCACAGGAGAUGCAAAGAUGUCAGUUCUUCUCCUUCAUGGCAUUCGUUUCUCAUCAGAAAACUGGCUCGACAUCGGCACUCUGGAGUCUCUGGCCAAAGCCGGCUGCCGUGCGGUCGCCCUGGACCUGCCAGGACUCGGUCGGUCCAAGUCUGCCCAGGCGCCUGCAGCGGUGGGGGAACUGGCCCCCGCAGGUUUUCUGAAGGAGGUGUGUGAGCAGCUGGCCUUGACUCCAGUAGUGGUGAUCAGCCCGUCACUCAGUGGGAUGUAUUCCCUCCCUUUCCUGACGCAACAUCCGUCUCUGCUACGAGGAUACGUCCCCGUCGCCCCCAUCUGCACUGAGAAAUUCACAGCAGAGCAGUACCAGAGGGUAAAGGUUCCAACGCUGAUCGUUUAUGGGGACCAGGACGCUCAGCUUGGGGAGGUGUCGCUCCGUAACCUGAGCAAUCUAUCUAACCACAAAGUGGUGGUGAUGAAGGGAGCGGGCCACCCCUGCUACCUGGACGACCCCGACACCUGGCACAAAGCGCUUGCAGACUUCCUGAGCUCGCUGGGAAAGAGUUGAGAGAUUCCCAAC